CGCAUGAACCAUGUGAGAACUCACGUGGGCCAUGCUGUCUGGAGCAGCACUUUUGUUCUUUUAUUUCCUCGUGCAUCUCAUGUUUUCUUGAGGACGAAUAUCUGUCCCAGAUAUAAGUUGAUACCUGUUUAUAAUUCGGGUUUAGGUGCGAUGGAGCUAUGAUAGACUCGGGCAUUACGUCUAAAUCUCAAAGAAGGGGUACCCAGGAUGUUUUCAGUAUUGAGAGGGGAGAACUGUCAGAAGGUUUCAAGAAUAGUUACCAGGCAUGUGAGGUGCUAUCAAAGCAAGACUGAAGUGUAUGGAUGCAAACCAAAGAAAGACUAUUUGUCCACUCUUGCCAUCCCUGAGUCAUUGGUGAAGGCCAAACAGCAGAACCCACAUGUUUGGCUGUUGAUCAAUGCCUACAGAAACCAUGGACAUUCUUAUGCAUUGCUUGACCCUCUUGGAUUAGACAGAAGUGAGAAAAAAGUGUCACAGGUUUUGGAUCCAUCUUACUAUGGUUUGAAGAGUGGGGAGGUAUAUGAUGUUGGUGGUCUGCUCUGUAUGGAUAAACCCCAAGCUGACAUUGAUGAAAUCUUGUCUCACCUCAAAAGCGUAUACUGUGGCUCAACUGCUCUGGAGAUCGGUCAUAUCCAGCAUGAGGAAAUGCGACAGUGGAUCUGUGACCGCUGGGAACAACUGUCUGGAGAAUCCUUCACUAAUGAAGAGAAAAUAUCUCUCGCAGUAGAGUUGCUCAAGUCUCAAGCAUUUGAUAUAUUUGUUGCCAACAAGUUCACUACUGUGAAACGAUACAGUGGUGAAGGUGCUGAAAGCAUGUUUGCAUUUUUCCUUGAAAUUUUUGCCAAAGCUAAUCAGUAUGGAAGGCAACGGGUAGUUUUAGCGAUGCCUCACCGUGGAAGGUUGAAUCUUCUGACUGGGAUGCUGCACUUCCCACCUGUAAUUAUGUUCCAAAAAAUGAAGGGCAUGGCAGAAUUCCCUCCUGAUGUGAAGACUACUGGGGAUGUCCUCUCACAUCUAACAAGCUCUGUGGAUCUUGAGAUUCAUGGAAAGCCACUUCAUGUCACUAUGCUGCCAAAUCCUUCACAUUUGGAAGCAGUCAACCCUGUGGCAAUGGGAAAAACGAGAGCAUUUCAGCAAGCUUUUCUUGAGGGUGACUACUCUAAUGAUGGUGGUGCAAGACCAGGAGAUCAAACCCUAUGCAUUCAGGUCCAUGGUGAUGCAGCUCUUCCAGGCCAGGGAGUGAUUCAGGAAUCUCUUUGCCUCACUUCUCUUCCACAUUUUGACAUCGGUGGCAGUCUUCACCUUGUAGUCAAUAACCAGGUGGGGUUCACAACACCUUCUGACCGGGGACGAUCCACACUUUACUGCACAGAUGUUGCCAAGAUGAUUGAAGUACCUGUGCUGCAUGUCAAUGGGGAUCAUCCAGAGGAAGUAUUGCGGGCAACACGACUGGCCUGUGAAUUCCAGGAGAAAUUUAGAAAAGAUGUGUUCCUAGAUUUGGUAUGUUUUCGACGUUGGGGCCACAAUGAGUUAGAUGAUCCAACCAUGACCAAUCCCAUCAUGUACUCAGUGAUAAAUACUCGCAAGACUGUUCCUGACAUGUAUGCAGACAAGGUCUUGAAUGAAGGGAUUGUAACAAGAGAGGAACUGAUGAAACCAGUGGAUGCCCAUAUUCAGAUGCUGAAUGAAAAUUUCAAGAAGGUUGAUUCAAGGAAACCAAAGGCUCCUCAUCUGAAAGGUCUAUGGACGGGUAUGGAACAGGCUGGUACGCAGCUGACAGGUUGGGAGACUGGUGUCGAUACUUCCCUCCUCCAUUACAUUGGUCUAAAGUCUGUCACACAUCCAGAGGACUUUAAUCUGCAUGUGAAUGUGAAAAAAGCACACAUUGAAGCAAGGAGAAGAAAGUUGAAUGAAGGUGAAGCAGUUGACUGGGCAACAGCAGAAGCCUUGGCUUUUGGCUCUCUUCUCUAUCAAGGUUUUCAUGUGCGUCUGUGUGGGCAGGACUGUGGUAGAGGUACUUUCUCUCAACGUCAUGCUAUGCUUGUCCACCAGGGAUCUGGUGACAUUCACAUUCCCUUGAAUCACAUGAUGGAUGGCCAAACAGGAUUCUUUGAGGCCAAGGAAGCAGUUCUGGGCUUUGAGUAUGGAUUCAGCAUGACACACCCUAAUUGCCUUGUGUUGUGGGAGGCUCAGUUUGGAGACUUCUUCAAUACUGCUCAAGUCGUGAUCGAUACUUUCAUCUCUUCUGGGGAGAGUAAAUGGCUGAUGCAGAGUGGGCUAGUGAUGCUACUACCUCAUGGGCUGGAUGGAGCUGGGCCAGAACAUAGCUCAUGUCGACUGGAAAGGUUCCUUCAGUUGAGUGAUUCAUAUGAGGAAGCUGGUAUGGAUGGCGAUAAUGUGAAUAUGCAAAUUGUCCAUCCCACCACCCCUGCGCAAUAUUUUCAUCUUCUACGGAGGCAGAUGGUGAGGAACUUCCGUAAGCCCCUCAUCAUUGCAGCCCCCAAGAUCUUACUUCGUUUGCCAGCUGCAACCAGCCAUCUGGAAGAAAUGGGCCCUGGAACUUCAUUUCAUCCUGUUUUAGGUGAGGAUCUACUCCCACUCCAUGCUUCUUGUCAUUUUAUCUAUUCCAAGGAACUUGGGAGACUUGGUCCUCUUACAGAUGAUCCCAUAAUGCGAGAGAAGCCAGCAGAAGUGAAGCAUAUAGUUUUCUGUUGCGGGAAACAUUACUACGCUCUUGUGAAAGAGAGAGAAACACGAGGAAUCAAGAAUGUGGCCAUAGUCCGUGUAGAAUCUCUGUCUCCUUUUCCUGCUCCUCACCUCCAAGCCAUCUUGUCUUUCUACAAAAAUGCACAGAGUAAGUUCACGAGAAAGUUUCUUUCCCCUGCCUGUUGUUCUGCUUCUAGAGAAGCACUCAUUAACAUACUGAUGAUAGAAUUUACAUGGAGUCAAGAGGAGCAUCGAAAUGCUGGUCCUUGGACGUUCGUGUCUCCUCGUUUUGCAAACCUCGUUGGCUGC